AAGGAGAAGCUUCGUGGACGCCACACCCACACUUUUUCUUUUUCUUUUUGUCAAAUUUCAUCUAAAUCAUACUUUAAUUAAAAAAGGAGAUGAAUAUAAUUCAACACCAUCUCUGAGUUUGGAAAGUAGACAAAAUUCUAUAUACCUUGAUCAUUUUUCGUUACAACUAAGAUUUGGACUUUGCAUGAAAGUUCAAUUAUUUUUAAAUUUAAAAUAAAAAAAUAAAUUUUUCGUAUUAAGUUAUUAAAUUGAUUUAUCAAAUAGCUUGGCUUAUUUUAUCAAACUUAUUUAAUAAAACAUCCUUAAAUUUUAGAACCUUUAAAAUUGAUUUUUAAAAACAAAAGUAUUUUAUUCUAUUUAGAAGUUUCUGGUUUUGAAAACAAAAACAGGUAGAUUGAUCUUGCUAAGUAAUCCAGGAAUUAAUAAAUUAUAUUUGGCAGAGCGGCACGUGCAAUAAACACGUGACAACGAGUCAGGACUGGGAAGGGUAGCUGUGGCCCGUGGGCUCAUCUUGUUCCUUAAGCUGUAUCCAGAAAGACCAACUUCGGUCCGAUGAGAUCGACGGAAUCUGGAUCUUAGAUCCUCAAAACGCUGCGUUUCAAUCCAUCUUUUACCGUUAUUACCCCAUAUGAGGUGAGGCAAGUCAGAUUAUGGCAGACUUACCUGGACAUGUGCUUGCCUGCUUGCAUAGUGGGAAGCUUGCUUUCUUGGCAAUUUUGGUUUCUGGAGGGAUUGUAUUGCAAAUUUUGGCGUGUGCUCUGUUCAACAAUUGGUGGCCUAUGCUGACAGUAAUAAUGUAUGUUCUUCUUCCCAUGCCUUUGCUGUUCUUUGCUGGGUCUGACACUUCUUCUCUCUUUUCUGAAUCUGGGAAUAGCUGGGUGGACGCAACCAAAUUCUUGACAGGAGCAUCAGCUGUUGGGAGCAUUGCUAUACCGGCUAUUCUAAAGCAUGCUGGUGUAAUUGGCUGGGGCGCCCUGGCAUUGGAGCUCUCAUCCUUCUUUGUAAUUGUAGUAGCCAUAAUGUGUUACAUCCAGAUGAAUUCCGACAAUGAAUACCGAAUGCUCUGAUAUGCAUAUGGCUUGCCCUAGGGAGGGCUUCACCCCGCUUGUAAAGUGAUGUGGAUGUCCAUUCCAUUGUGUUGAGGCUUUUUAUUCCAUUGUUUGUUUGUUUGUUUGUUAGAGCGUGAGCAUCAUCUUCCAUAUUUUGCUUUAACAUAUAAAGGAAACAUUGUUGUCUCGAUUGAACAACGCCCUUUGUUCGUGUUAUAAAUUUGAUCAAUUUUUUGGUUUUGCUUGACAGAAA